AUGAACAGUCAAAGCCGCAGCAAUACAUCGAGCUCAAUCGCUAGUGGCAGCCAGGUGAGUUGGCUCAGCUACCCUCUGCAGUGGGACUCGCCGGCGCCCAGCGGCGGCGGCGAGAAGCAGGGCGAGGCGGAGGACGACGACGAGGAGCGGUACGACGGCGGCGGCCGCGACAGGCGGUGGAAGCGGCAGGUGGUGGUGGCCGUGGUGGAGUGGGGGGAGGACAAGCUGCUGCUGCUCAGGCGGGUCAAGAAGCGGCUGGCGCUUUACCUCAUCGGCUGCCACUACAGCCGCCCCGCGCUGCCGUACAAGUCCGGCGGCUCAUGCACCACCGCCAUGCUCAAGUCCAUGUGAGCGCCGCCAUGGCGAGCUGGCUCAGCUGCUCGAUCGUGUCCAUGAUACACAGCAGACAGUUGUUAGUCUGCUCGUGCCGUCUGCCUUCCAUGCUGCUCUGUUUUGUGCGCCUGAAAUACUCUGUAUCUAUGUGUGUCCCUACGUAGAGGUAAUAAUAAGAGUUUGUACGAGUGAUGAAACACUCAUGUAUAUAUUGUCUUGUGAAAUCUUUGUCAUAUGAUA